GUGCGGCGGCCGGGACGGAGCUCGGCGCGAGCGGCGGCGGGACGGGGUCAGGCUGGGGAGCUGGCGGUGGCGCGGACCUCACCGCCGACGCCGGGACUCUGCUCAGCCCGCUGCUGAUCUCUGCCUGGCAGAUUAACUAAGCCAAGGAGGACUGGUCUUACCUCCUUUCCCAGUGCUGCCAUUUACAAGACCUCUGCAACAGACUGUCGUCACCCACGCCCUGGACUGCCCCGUUUACCCCAGACACCUCUCUGGGGUCCACUUGAGGUCAGCAGCUUGAAGAUGAACUGCACCCCCUUAGCAUGACGACCUUGGACCAUGUCAUUGCCACCCACCAGUCAGAGUGGGUGUCCUUCAGUGAAGAACCAUUGUUCCCCACCCCUUUAGAGGGGGGCACUGAAGAGCACUUCCCAGGACUGUCAUCUUCCUCAGAGCGGUCUGAGAGCUCGUCUGGGGAGAACCAUGCCGUGGAUGAAGGCUCCCAGGACCUUUCACACUCUGAGCAGGAUGACUCCUCUGAGAAGAUGGGGCUCAUCUCUGAAGCAGCCUCACCUCCGGGGAGCCCUGUGCAGCCCACGCCUGACCUGGCCUCAGCCAUCAGCAACUGGGUCCAGUUUGAAGAUGACACACCCUGGAGCAGCACCUCACCACCUCACAAGGAAACAGCCCUCACAUUGACCAUGCCCUGCUGGACAUGCCCUUCCUUCGACUCUCUGAGAAGAUGCCCUUUGACGUCAGAGAGCAGUUGGACCACCCAUUCUGAGGACACCAGCAGUCCCAGCGUUGCUCCUUCAUACACAGACCUGCAGCUCAUCAAUACCGAGGAGCAGGCAAGCGGCAGGGCUUCCAGGACUGACUCCACCGACAACUCGUCCUCCCUCCAGGAAGAUGAAGAAGUAGAAAUGGAGGCCAUCAGUUGGUGGGCAGGCAGUCCAGCCAUGAAUGGGCAUCCUGUCGCUCCACCAGUGACCACAGCUCGUUUCCCCAGCUGGGUCACCUUUGAAGACAAUGAAGUCGGCUGCCCUUCGCCGCCAGUCCCCUCUCCAAAGAAGCCAAACACCCCAUCUGUCGCAACUCCCCUACCAGAUGUACCUUUCAACUCAACUGGGUCAUUCAAGAGGGACCGUCCCAAGAGCACACUGAUGAACUUAUCCAAAGUUCAAAAGCUGGACAUUUCCUCCUUAAACCGUCCCCCUUCUGUAAUUGAGGCCCCACCCUGGAGGGCCACCAAUCCUUUCCUGAACGAGACUCUGCAGGACGUACAGCCCUCACCUAUCAACCCGUUCAGUGCUUUCUUUGAAGAGCAGGAACGGCGCUCCCAAAACAGUUCCGUUUCCAGUACCGCCGGCAAAAGCCAAAGAGAUUCUCUGAUUGUCGUCUACCAGGAUGCCAUCAGCUUUGAUGAUUCAGGCAAAAGCCAGCCCCACCCCGACGCCAUCGAAAAGCUCAAGCAACUCCAAAUUGAUGAUCCUGAUCCCGUCGGCAAUACAACCCUGCCCGAUGACGACCCCACGGUCUCGGUUGAACUGGACGCUCCCUCACCUGCCUCAGCGCUCUCUCAGCCCAGGGACGGGUGGCCAAUGAUGCUGCGAAUCCCCGAGAAGAAAAACAUCAUGUCGUCUAGGCACUGGGGACCAAUCUACAUCAAACUGACAGACACCGGCUACCUGCAGCUCUAUUAUGAGCAAGGCUUAGAGAAGCCAUUCCGGGAAUUCAAGCUGGAGAUCUGCCACGAGGUGUCGGAACCCCGGCUCCAAAACUAUGACGAGAACGGGAGGAUCCACAGCUUGAGGAUAGACCGGGUCACUUACAAGGAGAAGAAGAAAUACCAGCCCAAACCUGCUGUGGCCCACGCAGCGGAACGGGAACAGGUAAUUAAACUGGGCACCACCAACUACGACGACUUUCUGAGCUUCAUCCAUGCGGUUCAGGACCGUCUCAUGGAUUUACCAGUGCUGUCCAUGGAUCUGAGCACAGUUGGCUUAAACUACCUCGAAGAGGAGAUCACGGUAGACGUCAGAGAUGAGUUCUCUGGCACGGUGGGCAAAGGAGACAACCAGAUCCUACAGCACCAUGUCUUGACUCGGAUCCACAUACUGAGUUUCCUCUCUGGGCUCGCUGAGUGCCGCUUGGGCCUCAAUGACAUCCUCAUCAAAGGGAACGAAAUCGUCUCCCGGCAGGACAUCAUGCCCACCACCACCACCAAGUGGAUCAAGCUCCAUGAGUGCCGUUUCCACGGGUGCGUGGACGAGGACGUGUUUAACAGUUCCCGGGUUAUUCUCUUCAACCCUUUGGACGCAUGCCGGUUUGAGCUCAUGAGGUUUAGGACCGUGUUUGCUGAGAAAACCUUGCCCUUCACGCUCAGGACCGCGGCGAGCAUCAAUGGGGCGGAAGUGGAGGUGCAGAGCUGGCUGAGGAUGUCCCCCGGCUUCUCUUCUAACCGCGACCCUCUCACUCAGGUUCCCUGUGAGAACGUAAUGGUCCGCUACCCAGUGCCCAGUGAGUGGGUGAAAAACUUCCGCAGGGAAAGCGUUCUAGGGGAAAAGUCUUUGAAAGCCAAAGUGAACCGGGGGGCAAGUUUUGGUUCUGCCGGUGCCUCUGGCUCCGAGCCCGUCAUGAGAGUAACUCUGGGAACUGCCAAGUAUGAGCACGCCUUCAACUCCAUUGUGUGGAGGAUAAACCGGCUGCCAGACAAGAACUCAGCUUCUGGCCACCCACACUGUUUCUUUUGCCACCUUGAGCUUGGCUCUGACCGGGAAGUGCCUUCCAGAUUUGCCAACUAUGUAAACGUCGAGUUCAGCAUGCCCACGACUUCUGCCUCCAAGGCAGCCGUGAGAUCCGUCUCUGUGGAGGAUAAACCUGACGUCAGGAAGUGGGUCAAUUAUUCUGCACACUACAGCUACAAGGUGGAAAUUGAACAGAAAAAGAGUUUGAAGCCAGACUUUGAGGGAGAGGACUUGGAAAACCCAAAGGAAUGCGGGGUACAGUGACAGGGAUACCCCCCCCCCCAAGGAACUGAGAGUGUCUUCCCGAAUAACUCAAGUUUAAGUCAACACCUGCUGUUGCUUCUCCUUGGUGGGGGCAGACUCCCCCGGUUUCCUGUGUGCCCUUACCUGUGGGUCCUGGGGAAUCCUCAGGGGGCUGCUUCCAAUAGGCACUGAGCAUGCCUGAAGCACGCGCCGCCCCGGGAGCACGUGCCGCCCCGGGAGUUCCCUAUGGAUUGGGCCUCCUUGUCUCUUUUCUGCUUGUAUUGUGGCACUGGUAUGUGGUUGGUGGUGGUGAUCAGAGACCCGAAAACAACUCCAACAUCAGUGUUGGCACAAUUUGUCCCCAGUACUCAGAGGUCCCUUGUACGUUUCUGGAAAAAAAGUAGCCUUGACAGUUUAUUAAGAACCCACCUCUGUUGCUCCCUCUAUAAAAGAUUCAAAGACUUCCAAAGCCAUUUCUCUGGGCCUGCUUUUCGAGAUACCUCCAUAUUUUUUUUAUUUAUUUACUUUUUUUUUUUUAUGUUGGCAUUCUGCAGCAGAGGUUUUCCAAGUGUUUCCCUUCUGGUUCUGGAUUUGUUCAAGAUCUAAAUACUCUUUCAACUUCUCCUCUUCCAUUUGCUAUCCUAAAUCAUGGUACAUCAUGGCAAAGGCCCUAUCUGAUAAUUUCAAAUUUAGGUUUUGGAGCUUAACUCUACAAAUGGACUAGAUUGGAUUCACAGUCUGUUGGGGAAAAAAACCUUAUUUUUCUUCCCUUGAAGGAAAAGGGGCAUUAAAUGUAAGCUUAUAUCCAAUUCAGAAGACAGCUUCAAUCAUAAAAUAUGCCAGAUUCUCACUGGUCACUUUUAAUUCCUGAAAUUCAGGCAUGGCUGUAAUUUCACGUGUGUAGAAGAGACACUUGGAAUUUCCUUUUAUACCUCAUAUACAAUGACUGUUACACAUCUCUUCCCUCACAAUUUAGAGGAAAUUUAAGCUUAAAAGAUCAUUGUAAAUGCUGAGUUUGAAUGAUCUUUACCCCAAAAUCCAAGGUUUGUAGUUAUAAUAUUGUGAAAGUUCAAAAGGCACCAGGUGGUGGUGGCACACACCUUUAAUCCCAGCACUUGGAAGGCAGAGGCAAGUCUGCCUGAGUUCAAAGUCAGCCUGGCCUAUAGGGUGAGUUCCAGGACAGCCAUGGGUGCAGAGAGAAAUCCUGUCUCUAAAAACAAAAACAAAAACAAAAAGGCAGAAGGCUCCAGCGUAGGGCUGGGGAAAGCCAGUCUCCAGUGUCAAGAAUGUGAAAUCCUGAUUCCAAGACUCAGGCUAGCCUCCUUUUCCCUCACGUGUUCCCACCCCGCCCUCUGCUUAUUUGUACUCUGGUAAGUUCUCUCAAGAAUAAAAAAGUGAGAGGACAGAAUGCAUAUUUUAUCAGACUUGGGGAAUAUAUGGAAAUAAAUAGAAAACAUCUGUAGUUUGGGACUAAGCAACUCAAGCUUUUUUUUUUCAGCUCAUAUUCAGUGAGCUAUGUACUGACUUAGGCAUUAGAAACCAUUGCCGUGUUGUUUUGAACCAUGUGUUUAACUCUCUAAGCAUUAGAUUGAAAUGAAAAGGACAAGCUACGUAGGCCUAGAUGGGAAGACCUAUAUUCUGAGUUUUUAAAAUACCACCCUUUGAGCACAGAGGGGUGUGUGUGUGUGUGUGUGUGUGUGUGUGUGUGUGUGUGUGUGUUGAUGAGAACUAGGGAGAUUUGAUAUUAUAGCAGUCCAUAUAGCAAUGUUUUUUUGAGGAGUUCAGUUUUGAACCAGGAAUAGAUCCACGGCUAUU